AUGGGUCCAAAUAAAAGAGCCAUAUCUCUAGAAUUAGAAUGUGAAAUUAUCGAAAAAUAUGAGGAUGGCGAGGAUGUACGAAAAAUUGGCUUAACACCACAGAGUAAUGUAUGGAUCGGUGCCUGGUGGAUUGGCUUUAUCUUUGGGGCCAUAAUAUGUUUUCUUCUGGCAUUGCCUAUAAUAGCUUAUCCUUCAUCACUUCCAGGAUCGGAAGAGCUGCGCAACGCCCGAGUGUCAGAGGCCCACGCGCGUACUGGCGAUUCGAAGGAAGGAUUCGGACGGAUACGCGAGCUUCCGAGAGCUUUAAUGGAGCUUGUGCGCAAUCCAGCUUUUUCAUUCCUCAACUUGGCUGGCGCAUCGGAGGGACUGUUAAUUGCUGGUUUUGCUGCAUUUUUGCCCAAAUUAAUUGAAUUUCAAUUCAGCGUUACACCGACACGAGCUGCGUUAUUGAUGGGAUUAAUAACAGUUCCAGCAGGCGGAGGUGGUACUUUUCUGGGCGGAUAUUUGGUCAAACGAUUUUCUUUAUCUUGUAGUGGAAUUAUCAAACUCUGUGUGGUCGCAACUGCUGCAGGAAUAUUGUUUACCUUCUGUUUCUUACUGAAUUGCCCAAAUCAACCGUUUGCUGGUGUUACAGUACCGUAUUCAUCUUCCUUAACAAGCGAUUCUUUGAACAUCAGUUCACUGCCCUUGUCCCUGUCGGAUUCAUGUAAUUCAGGCUGCGAUUGUUCCAGAGCCGAUUUUGACCCGAUAUGUGGAUUCGAUCAAGUGAUGUAUUACUCGCCUUGUCAUGCCGGCUGCACCCAAGAAGAUUCCCAUGGUAACAUCAAGGUAUAUUCCCAAUGCCGUUGCAUAAAUUCAGAAAAUAGAAAGGUAUGGAAGCAAGACGAUGAAUCGAAAGAAUAUGAUGCCGCCAAUGUAACUUGUGAUUCAACUUGCCCCCAUUUACCACUAUUUGUGGGCCUGAUGGUCUUUGUAAUGUUUUUCACAUUUUUGUCUACAAUGCCAGCCUUGUCAGCAACUUUGCGAUGUGUGAGAGACGAACAAAGAUCGUUUGCAUUGGGAAUUCAAUGGAUAGUAGUACGUCUGUUAGGAACCAUACCAGCCCCAAUGCUUUUUGGAGCACUCAUCGAUGAAAGUUGCAUACUAUGGCAAGGAGACUGCGACUCCGGUGGGGCUUGUCUUGUUUAUGAUAAUAAAAAUAUGAGCAGGUAUAUGGUUGGAGCAGCAUUCAUAGGAAAAGCUUGCUCGUUGAUAUUUUUCUUUGCUGCUUGGUGGUUUUACAUUCCACCAAAAGCAAUAAAACCCCAAGCACAAAAUGAACUGCCAAUGAAUGGAAACCUUAAUCAUGUCGCAGAAAGGGAUAAAUAUUAA